AUGCUCGCAUCAGUUGUUGCCACCCAAAAUUCCAAUGACUACCUCCCUGUCGUCAAGUCUUUGCUCAAAUCUAUCAAAGGAUUCUCACCUGUUGAAUUGGCUCGGCUUUUCUCUUCAAAUGAAUCUACUCCAACGUCAUCUGGAUCCAACAAGGCAGUCAGAGCCGUGAAACGUUCUAGAGCUCGGACUUCCACUCCACCAGUUUCUGAUUCUACGUCUUCCAACGAUGUCACACCUUCUGAACAUGUAUCUAAGUCACCACCGGGAUGCGAGACUUCUUCUACUCCAGAGACACGCCCUUCGACUCCUACUCCAUCGGAAACCAUCGUACUGUCUGAAUCCGACGAAUCUUCGGAAAUUGAGCUCAUUCAAAAAAUGACAGCAUUCGAUACCUGCGUGGAAGAAUGUAGUGUAUACUCACUGACGCCACCAGAUUCUGGAUCCAAUUCUCCGAUGCCAUUGGAUACCUCGCCACUCGACACGACUUCGGAACCUAUGCCUUCCGAAUCGACACCAUCGGGAUCAUUGGAAAUCGAGACUUCUGGAUCUCCGCUGAUUUACACUCCACCAAUGUCUCCAACUCCUUCAUCAUCCGGAUCUAACACGCCACCAAUCUCUCCAGAAUCCAAGACAUCUUCUGAAGUUAAGACGCCAUCAGAACCUCUUCCAUACGCUUUCUAUAUGGGAGUGGUCAAUGCUCCAGCGGCUGGAUGCCGUGUAAUUAGAAGACAACUCGAAGGAGAAGCAUUCGAAAUCGUGGUGGAUUUGGAAGCCAAGCCAAUUCAGAAAAAGCAGAAGACGUUCUCUCCAGAAGAAAAGAAGAAGCAAGUUGAUUUGGUGGACGAGUGGAAGAAGAAGAUUCUGGCCUCGAUGAACAAUUAA